UGCAGGAUGAGGACGGGAGAGAUCAACACGAAACGUCGGGCUGUACAGGCCCUGCUGGCGAUUGCAGCGUUGGCCUGGAUCACGUUAUGUAGAGCUGAAGAGGGAUACAACUAUGAUAGACCACAGGUUUCAUUUAACUUGCCUUCAAGUGGAAGCUCGUCAGCAGGCUCUUCUUCAAGUUCCUCUGCAAGUUCUUCGUCUUCUGGAUCGAGUUCAGGACAAAGUGGUUACUCUUCUGGGGGAGGCCAAGGAGGAUACUCUACGGGCUCAGGUUCAACACAAGGAUAUCCUUCAGGAUCAGGAUCUGCACAGGGUGGCUAUUCUUCUGGCGGAGGCCAAGGAGGAUAUUCUACAGGAUCAGGUUCAACACAAGGAUAUCCUUCAGGAUCAGGAUCUGCACAAGGUGGUUAUUCUUCUGGUGGAGGCCAAGGAGGGUACUCUUCCGGUUCUGGUUCAGGACAAGGGGGUUACUCUUCUGGUGCAAGUUCCUCAUCUUCAGGUCAAGGAGGAUAUUCUUCAGGAUCAAGUUCAGGACAAAGGGGUUACUCUUCUGGUGGUGGUCAAGGAGGAUACCCUUCUGGAUCUCCUGCUGCACCAGCCCCUGCUGCACCAGCUCCUGCUUACCAGGGAGCAACUUCGGGUGGAGGAACUGGGUACGAGUAUCAAACAGCAGGAGGGUUUCAGCCACCACCACCACCACCCCCACCUCCACCACCUCCUCCGCCACCACCGCCACCACCACCACCUCCUCCGCCACCACCGCCACCUCCUCCACCACCACCUCAGCCACCUGUUAACACGUAUUUACCCCCUGCUCCACCACCACCUCCUCCACCGCCACCACCACCCCCUCCACCACCACCACCUCCACCACCACCGCCUCCUCCUCCUCCACCGCCACCACCACCUCCUCCGCCGCCACCACCUCCUCCUCCACCACCACCUCAGCCACCUGUUAACACGUAUUUACCUCCUGCUCCACCACCACCCCCUCCACCGCCACCCCCUCCACCGCCACCACCUCCUCCUCCACCACCACCUCAGCCACCCACUAACACGUACUUGCCUCCUGCUCCACCACCACCACCUCCUCCACCCCCACCUCCUCCGCCUCCUCCGCCUCCACCCCCUCCACCACCACCGCCACCGCCGCCGCCACCACCACCACCACCACCACCACGUCCUCCUCCAACACCCACUAACACGUACUUACCUCCUGCUCCACCACCACCACCCCCUCCUCCACCACCACCUCCUCCUCCACCGCCACCCCCUCCUCCUCCACCCCCAACCCCUCCUCCGCCCCCACCACCUCCUCCUCCGCCCCCACCACCUCCUCCUCCACCCCCACGUCCUUCUCCACCCCCUUCUAACACAUAUUUACCUCCUGCUCCCCCACCACCACCUCCUCCGCCACCACCCCCACCACCACCCCCGCCACCACCACCUCCUCCUCCACCUCCACCACCUCCCCCGCCAUCAUCUACCCCCCAACCUCUGCCACCCUCUUCUACUCCUGGUAGAGAGUAUUUGCCACCUUUUGCACCCCAAUCGCAGUCUGCUCCAGUUCAAAUUGAAAUCCCCAUACCGAAUACACAAUCAUUUUCUCAAUCCGGCUCAAGUUCCUUUUCUAAUUCCGCUGGUGGUUCCACAUCUGGGUUUGUUCCUACUCCUAGUGUUUUUGUUGAGAGACCGGGCACUGAAUACUUACCUCCGAAUAGAAGAAGUGUUCGCGAAAGAUCACUCAGGUUUGCGUCUGGUAAAAGAGACAUUACCUCCCAAGCAAUAAGGAAAGCUUUCAAAUGCUGGUCAAGUGGCGAUUGCAGAUGA